UCUCGUGCGCCCUCUCUCUCCUCUCUCUCUCUCUCUCUACCCUCUUCCGGCGACCGAGCGAACCCUAACCUCCGCGACCAGAUUAGCUCCGCCUCGCCCCCGAUUCCCCGGAGGAGGAGGACGACGACGACGACGAUGCUGAGGGUUGCGGGGAGGAGGCUCUCGUCACCCCUCUCCUGGCGGCCCGCCGCCACGGCGGCGGCCGCGGGGCCGAGGGGCCCGCUCGCCGGGAGGGACGACGACGACGGCGAGGACGGGCGGGUCCGCCCGCGGUUCGCCAUCGGGUCCCCGUUCUUCGCCGCCGCGAGAGGGUUUUCUUCAUCUGAAACACUUGUUCCAAGGAACCAAGAUAGUGGCUUGGCUGAACUACCUGCAACUGUUGCUGCAUUGAAGAAUCCAAACCCAAAAGUGGUGUAUGAUGAGUACAACCAUGAGAGGCAUGCACCUGGGGAUCCCAGUAAGCGUGCAUUCGCUUACUUCGUUCUAAGUGGUGGGAGGUUCAUCUAUGCGUCAUUGCUGCGGCUCCUCGUACUAAAAUUCGUGCUGAGCAUGUCUGCGAGCAAGGACGUACUUGCACUUGCUUCCCUGGAGGUGGAUCUCUCAAGCAUUGAGCCUGGUACCACAGUGACUGUGAAGUGGCGUGGAAAGCCGGUUUUCAUCCGAAGAAGGACAGAGGACGACAUCAAACUGGCCAAUAGUGUGGAUGUCGGGUCGCUGCGCCACCCCCAGCAGGACGCAGAGCGUGUGAAGAACCCAGAGUGGCUAGUGGUCAUUGGUGUUUGCACCCACCUUGGUUGCAUUCCUCUCCCCAACGCUGGAGAUUUUGGAGGUUGGUUCUGCCCAUGCCAUGGCUCCCACUAUGACAUCUCCGGAAGGAUCCGCAAGGGCCCCGCUCCAUUCAACCUGGAGGUCCCCACCUACUCUUUCUUGGAGGAGAACAAGCUCCUCAUAGGCUAAGAGAGCCUGAGACCACUCUUUAUAUCUACCUUCUGCUCUGGGGGGUGAAUCCCUGCUGUGCUGUCUAUUUUGUUCAGUUUGGCUAGAGAAUUUUUUGUUCUGCGACGAUUAUUGCCAUGUCGGCUGUUACUUGUCGAGGUGCAUUUUGGAGCGCGUAAUAAUCUGCUACUAUGAUGCUACUGAAAUGUAAUCUGUAAGUUAUCUGGGACGUUUAUUUUCCGGGGGUACAAACAAUAGGAAGGACUAUGCAUACCUUGCCCUUCACUCGCCCAUGUAAUGGAUUUGGCAAUGCUUUGCCUUCGUUUCUUCCA